AUGCGUGAAAACAACGAGAAGGGUGUAAUUUUAUUCGAUAGUGGUGGAAGCGGUUACAUAAAUAAACCCAAUGAAAGCGACUUACACGCACUCCUUGACUCUAAUGACAACAUCGCUUACGCGGGACACAACAAGAUCCAGAGCGAAGAAAAUGACAUCGGAGAUAAUGAACAAAUCAGGCACGAAACGGAAGACAAAAACGAAAUCGUACCCAUCAAGGCUGCAACUCCUGAUAAAUUAGAGGUGAUCGGCAUCCAAGAAAACCCAAAUCAUUAUGACGAUGAGCAAGCUCUGGAACUGUUCAAAGGAAGUAUAAAAAAGUUGGUCCAAAGAUUACAAGCCGACGAACAGUUGAUCCUUCAAUAUAAUCAGACAAUUCAAGGACAGCUACAAACCAAUAUUAUCGAGAAGUCCAGAAAUGGACCAGCAGAUAUUGAAAAGGCAUAUUUACAACUAGAAUUAUGCCCCUUAGAAAGGAACUGCACUCGAUUUCUUUGGUCAAAAGAUGUCCGAGGACAGAACUACGGAAGUGAACUUGCGAUUGAGAUCAGCAAGAAUGUAUAUGUGGACAAUGUCAUCGUGCAAGCUCAGGAUUCCAAAAAAGCUCUUACAAAAUAUGAAAAAAUGAAGUCCAUAUUUAAAGAUGUUUCAAUGAAUAUUAGGGAAUUCCUAUCCAACGAUAAGGAAUUCAUUGCCAAGAUUCCAGAAGAAGACCGAGCCGAAACAACUCAAAUAAAGAAGAUUCUUGGCAUUAAUUGGAAUUCUAGAAGUGAUAUUGUCCAAAUGGGACGAUAUUGUAUUCUUUUAUGGCUAGCAUACAUGAAAGAAUUUCCGCGUUUGGCACUCAAUCCAACCGAAUCAGUGGCAAUUCAUGUAUUCACUGAUGCUUCUGCAGUCGCUUAUGCCGCGGCUGUAUACAAAAAGCAGAGAAAGAAAAUAUCAUUGAUAUAUGCGAAGUUAAGAAUCGCACCCAUCAAAGGGAUGACCAUACCAAAAUUGGAAUUAAUGGCUGCACUCAUUGGCACACGUGCAGCUCAAUUCGUCGUCAAGCAACUAGAAAUUGAUGACGCAAAGGUAAUCUUGUGGUUAGAUUCUCAAUGCGUUUUGCAUUGGAUUAAAAACCAAAAAUUUCGGCUUCUGCUAAAAUUCGUGCAAAAUUGCAUCGAUGAAAUACGGAAAGCCAAAUUCUCAUAUCGGUACAUUUCAAGUGACAAUAACCCGGCCGAUGUGGCUAUACGAGGAUUAUAUCCUCACAAAUUGGGAAUAUUUGAACCAUGGUGUCGCCCACACGAUAGCAAGGUUGAGGAAAAGCUUUGGAUACCAAAAGGAAGAGGCGAAGUAAAACGAGUAUUGAAUAAAUGCAUGCAUUGUAAGCGGUGGAAGGCGAAACCGUUUAAACUGCCAACAAUGCCUAAAUAUCCAGUGACUCGAGUAACACGUUCUCGAAUAUUUGCUCGAGUGGGUCUGGAUAUUUGGGUCCCAUCUCUAUCAAAACUGAGAUGGGACUGGCAAAACGACGUCGCCUUAUUCACUUGCUGUACUGCCAGAGCCAUGUAUUUGGAAAUGGCAGAUAAUCUAUCUACCGAAAGUUUCUUAAAUGUGCUCGGAAGAUUCGUAGCCCGGCGCGGUUAUCCGGAAUUGAUUCU